AUGCUCCUAGAAGGCACCACCCCAGACAUGAUGUCGGCCCAGUCGAAGCUGCUGUUUCAGAUCAACAAGUACUACAACGAACGGGUACACGCGCGAAAGAGCAACAUCAGUAAGACCAUCAGGGAAGUGUGCAAAGUGGUGCAAGACGUGCUCAAGGAAGUAGAGGUGCAAGAACCCAGGUUUAUCAGCUCUCUGACUGAAGUCAACAUGAGGUACGAGGGUGUCGAGGUUAUCUCCCCGACUGAAUUCGAGGUGGUUCUCUACCUCAACCAGAUGGGAGUCUUCAACUUCGUGGACGACGGAACCAUACCAGGCUGCGCGGUUCUCAAGUUAUCUGAUGGUCGCAAGCGGUCAAUGUCACUCUGGGUGGAAUUCAUCACAGCGUCCGGUUAUCUAAGUGCCCGGAAGAUCAGAUCCAGGUUUCAGACGUUAGUGGCGCAAGCGGUGGAUAAAUGCAGUUAUCGAGAUGUAGUCAAAAUGAUUCCUGAUACUACCGAGGUGAGACUGAGGAUCAAAGAAAGGUAUAUAGUGCAGAUUACACCUGCGUUUAGGUGUGGCGGGAUCUGGUGUCGAUCCGCAGCCCAUUGGCCGGUUCCUCAUGUGUCGUGGCCGAACCCAAACUUGGUGGCCGAGGUGAAGACGGAAGGAUUUGAUCUGCUAUCCAAAGAGAGUAUAUAUAUGAAAGACAAACAGUCUGCUGCAGAAGGCGACGCUUGGGUGAUGUCGUUUCGUUACGCCGAAGAUAGAUUAUUGUACGGAGGCUGCCGAAGGCGAUGUUUAAGCAUCCUCAAGGCGCUUCGAGAUCGCCAUCUUGAUAUCCCUGGUCAACCAGUUCAGAAUUACCACAUGAAAACACUGCUACUCUACGAGUGUGAGAAGCAUCCUCGGGAGAUUGAAUGGGAUGAUACGUGUAUAGGCGACCGAAUCAAUGGAAUCCUUCUCCAACUGAUAUCCUGUCUACAGAAUCGCCGCUGCCCGCAGUACUUCCUCCCGUCUGUAGACCUCUUCAAAGGAAAAUCAGCAGCGGCUAUGGACAACGUGGCAAAGCAUGUGUGGCGUUUGGUCAGAGAGCUUCUGACGAAUCCACGAAGUCUUGAAGCACUUUAA